AGUCGUCGCUGUAAUGACACAUCGCGAGUCAAUACGGCCUGUCGUCACAUCAGAUCUAUGUUCUCAAGACUACGAUUCUGUCGUACUUGUAGUUGAAGACGUGUCAGAUGCAUUCUCCCUUGCACCUUUGUUUGAAACGUUACAAGAAGCAUCACAGGUGAACCAGAAAUUCUGUUCAGAUGUCCACACCUUGACUUGUCGCUCUUUGCCAUCUAAACGUUUGGUAUGUUGAUGUUCAUUUAUAAAGUCUCCUAGGUCGUUUCGUUUACUGGUCACCUUGAUCAUGACAUUGAUGAUGCUCGUCGAAUAACUGAAGCAUCGACGAAAGGUAUAUCUCAGUAAGUAUACUUUAUACUGUCUUAAACCUCAUCUUUCUAAAGAUGAGGUGAGGUUUAAGACAGUGUAAAAGGCACGUGGUCACAACCUGAAAGGACUUAUAUGAAGAUAGACAACUCCCCUCACCUAAUUCAGUCAUUUGUCUGGUCAACUUAUUUGCUGAAGUCUGACCUCGCUAUCUCCAAUAUCUUCAUAGCCAUCAAAAUUGGAUCUAAAAGACCGCUCCUUCUGUUGGGUCCAUUAAAGACGGCUAAAAAGUUGGAACACUGUUGGCUUGAACCAUCCGUUUCUUGUUUGGCGUCUUUGCUCGGUGCUUUGCAUGCUUUGUAUGUGCCCCUCGAAGUUCGUGAGUUUGACCGUCAGGAAGGCUCUACAUGCACAAAACCUAUUCAGUCACAAAAAGCUGAAGUCCUGGGUUGGUUUUCUGGGACACAUUACGCAGUAGACCACGAGAAACUUACUGGAUUAGCCUGGUGUUUGGAAGAGGGUUUACGAGUAGCACGUGAUAUAGGUGGAUCUGACCCAGAACGUAUGAGUGCAAAGAAUAUAGUGACGUACCUUCAAAAAGAAUUGACGGAACCUGUUCAGGUUACUGAUUGUCCGGUUGAUCGAGGGCUUUACCCUCUGGCAGCUAUAGUAGAUCGUGGAAAUAAUGAAAGACAUCGUGGUCGCGUUGUACACUUGGAAUAUAAUGGAUCUACGGAAUCAGAAAUUGAUCCUCAGCAAUUAGUCAAUUUGUUUUUAGUUGGGAAAGGUGUUACCUAUGAUACAGGUGGCUCAGAUCUUAAAGUUGGAGGUAUUAUGGCUACAAUGCAUCGAGAUAAAUGUGGGGCAGCUGCAGUGGCCGGAUUUUUCAAAGUUUUAAACUUAAUGAAACCGAACAACUUAAAGGUGCACGGUACUUUAGGUUUAGUUCGUAACAGCAUUGGUGAAAAUGCCUAUGUAAGUGAUGAAAUAGUUACUUCACGCGCUGGAGUACGGGUUCGCGUAAACAAUACUGAUGCUGAAGGUCGAAUGGUUAUGACUGAUUUAUUAUGUGAAGCUAAGGAAAAGGCACUAAAAGUAUCAAAUCCACGACUAAUGACAAUCGCUACUCUGACUGGUCACGUUGGGUUAUGCUAUGGACUAGGAUAUACGGGUAUCGUUUGUAAUGGUCCGGCUAAAGAACUUGGAGAAGAUUAUAACUAUCAAUUUGCUGGAUCAUUGUUAGGUGAAAUGCAUGAAAUAUCAACACUUCGACGUGAAGAUUAUGAUGCGCAUAAAACUGAUGAAGAAUAUGCUGAUUUAUUGAAUUCUGCUCGUCUGAUUGGUGGGAAACGUAGCAGAGGUCAUCAGUCUCCAGUCGCAUUUAUGAUUAUUGCAUCUGGUUUGGACUCUCAUUUGAAAAAUACUGAGAAACCUUUGGCGUAUACACAUAUGGAUAUCGCUUCAAGUAAUGGCCCUUGUCCUGGCAUUCCGACUGGUACGCCUAUUUUAACACUAGCAUCGCGUUACAUUCUCCCAGAACAGAUGAAAUGGCCUAAUAGAAAGGUGUGAAUAUGAACAAAUUGUUGAUAUGAAUGAUUUUUAAGAAUAGUAGGAACUUAUUGUCAAAUUGAGUAAUAAUUAUAAUUCACAGCUGAUGUAAUAAUGUACUUUCUUUAUAAUAAUUUUUAGUUAUGGCCUUUUUAAACUUUGGAACCUAUGUAUUACAUCAUUUACAUCUUUAAUCAAGCUACCUUAAAUUAAAUUUUUUUAAACGUUCAG